AUGGCUAUUGUUCCGGUUCUGCCUACCGUCGCGGAGUCAUCUCCAUCUUCUCCGUCGCCGUCCCUUCCAGAGGUGGUGACUGCGUCUGUUCCUCUCAUCAGUCCUUCGGUCAAUGUCCUCCAUGCCCGUCCGCCUUGUUCUGAUGGUAAGUCACCUAAACGUACUACUCGUUCCUCUGUUGUGUCUGCGUCUUCCCCUGUUGCAUCCUCUCCAUUGUCGACCCCAAACACACCAUCUAUUCCUCCUCUUAAGUCGCCUGUUAAGCCGUCCUUAACCAAAACCCCCAAGACUCGGUCUGCCUCCAAACUCGCACCCCAACCCCAACCUACAACCCGACCCCAACCCCAACCCCAACCCAAUCGCACACCAAAACCCCAACCCAAACCUCAACCCCCACCAAAACCCCAACCCAAACCUCAACCCACACCCACCCCCAAACCCCAUGUUCCUGUGCAGUCCAAAGGAAAAGCUAAAAUGCAUGAGUCCUCACCUCUCAACAAACCAUCGUCUCCAAAACGUAAGCCCAAGGACACUCAAUUUGCAGCCUCUCCUAAAAAUUCCAAGCUUACCUCUAGUUCUAAGGAUUUUGUGUUGCUUGUUGAUCCAUCAUCUAUUCAAUACUUUGUUGAUGCUACCAAGGCCUCGCAUUAUCAGAGAUGGUUUGCUGUGCGAGACUUGUGUCCUGAAUAUACUGUUGUCUUAGAAGAUUUUCCUGAGUUAGUUGAACUUUUACAGUCUAGGCAAUGGGUUAAUACCGUGUCUAAAUUGGUGUCUCCUCAUCCCAUUCUCAUUAGGGAAUUUUAUGCUAAUUUAGAUAAGUCUGUUAUCGAUGGGAAAAAUGAGGAUUGUCUUACUGCAUUUGUUCAGGGUAGUCGUAUCAAAUUUGCACCAUCCACUAUAUCUCGUGCACUAAAGGUUCCAAAAGUUCUUAAACCUGAAUAUAAUAAGUCAUACCGUCCAGAUCAAUCUACCAUGGGUCAUGUUUUAACUGGCCAGCCUGAUUAUGUGUGGGGAAAUCAUGAGAUUCAUGUGACUAAAUUGACUCAUUUCUAUCAGGUUCUUCAUCGUGUGGCCCUGUAUAAUUGGUUUCCUAAUUCUCACCUUUCAUCUAUUACACUUGAGAUUGGGAAGUUUUUAUAUGUUGUGGGUACUGGCGUGUCUAUUGAUUUGGUUACACUCAUUUAUGAUCGAAUUGUUGAUGUCGCCUCCUCUACUGGUACUCGUAACAAGUUGCCCUUUCCGAGCUUGAUUCAGCAGAUUAUUCAGCCUGCCAAACCACCGUUGACCACUCAUGACUUCUAG